AUACUGCUCUGGUCUCUCUUAGCACUGAGUACACUGACAUUAUUACUGAGUAUAAAAUGUUCUCAGCCUGGCAGCCAUUAUGUCUGGAGCCAACAGCUCCAGCGUGACCACAGAAUACUUUAUCCUCAAUGGUGUUCCUGGGCUGGAAGAUGCACAUGUCUGGAUCUCUCUGCCAUUUUGCUUCAUGUACAUGAUUGCUGUGAUGGGGAACUGUGGGCUUAUCUACCUCAUUGGCCAUGAGGAAGCUCUGCACCGGCCCAUGUACUACUUCCUGGCCUUACUCUCCUUCACUGAUGUUACCUUGUGCACAACCACAGUGCCUAAUAUGCUGUGCAUAUUCUGGUUCAACUUCAAGAAGAUUGGAUUUAAUUCCUGCCUUGCCCAGAUGUUCUUUGUCCACAUGUUGACUGCAAUGGAGUCUGGUGUGCUCAUGCUCAUGGCCCUGGACCGGUAUGUGGCCAUCUGCUAUCCUCUUCGAUAUACCACCAUCCUCACCAACCCUGUGAUUGCCAAGGCUUGUCUUGCUACAUUCUUGAGGAGUGUCAUGCUCAUCUUUCCAUUCACUCUCCUCACCAAGCGCUUGCCCUAUUGCAGAGGCACCCUUAUCCCUCACACUUACUGUGAUCACAUGUCUGUGGCUAAGGUAUCCUGUGGCAAUGUCAAGGCCAAUGCAAUCUAUGGUCUCAUGGCUGCUCUAUUGAUUGGUGUGUUUGACAUUUGCUGUAUCUCUGUGUCUUACACUAUGAUACUGAGAGCUGUGGUGAGUCUGUCCUCUGCUGAUGCUCGUCACAAGGCCUUCAGCACCUGCACAUCUCACAUUUGUGCUAUUGUGAUCACUUACGUGCCUGCUCUUUUUACUUUAUUCACUCAUCGUUUUGGAGGGCACACUAUUCCCCACCACAUCCACAUCAUAGUGGCCAACCUCUACCUUCUCCUGCCUCCUACCAUGAACCCAAUUGUUUAUGGAGUCAAGACCAAGCAGAUUCGGGAAAGUAUAAUCAAGUUUUUACUUGGAGACAAACUAGGCAUUACCUAAAACAAAUGCAUGUUAUGACCAGUUAGUUACACUGUUUAUAUAUAGGGAAAAGAGUUGAGAAAAUUUUAAUAAAAGAUGAGUGAAAUAGUAUUGUCAUCUAAUUUGUAGAAGUUCUGAAUUCUUUGCAACUUAAGGAAUGUUCUGCCAAAGUAUAAGAUAUAGAAUUUAACAUGCAGUGUAUCCAUUCUGUAUAAAUCGUUUUGUGUAUACAUAAUUCUAUGUAUAUAGAAAAUAAUGAAAUGAUGUACGGAAGCUAAAUGUUAAUCUUUGUUUUGUGUUUAAAACACAAACUUGCAGUAAUUUAGGACAAUUUUUUCCUCUCUGUUAAGGACAAACUCUUACAUCGAGUAUGUUUCUGAUGCAGAAAAUAUGGAUUCAGUGCUGCGAUACAUAUAUGACAAGCUAUAUUUUGAUAUUUUGUGGACUAUUCCAAUUCUAAUUAUUUGCAAGUUUUAUAAAUAUUCUCCCUUUUUAAAUGUACAAGAGUUCUGUUCUUCCUCGAAUAUUCAAAUUUCAAGCUCCGUGAAAAUUGAAUAUAUUAAGUGUAUUUGUGUUGUAGCGAGGAUAGAUCAUUGGGUUUCUAUAGUAUUUGAUAUUAUUUCACUCAUUUACUUAUUCUUGAGACAUAAUAUAUAAAUGACUAACUGUAUUGGUUAUAAACUGGAUUUAAUUUGAGGGAGGCAGAUCUGAAUGUUUAACAAUUCCAUGUUUCAGGGUACUGAGAAUAGACACACUGGUAAGGAAAACAUGAGAUAAAGCAUAUGUGCAAAAACGGAUGGAGAGAAGUUUAAAAAAAGGUUGUAUCUGGAAGAAGGACACUUUUAUACACAAGUAUGUCUCAUUGAUUUUAAAUUCAAUUAGUCUGAAGGUUAAAAUGUUUGAUUUCUAAGAACUAAAUAUUGUUAACGAAUUUUUGUAUAUCUACAAAUAUCAAUUUUUUUCAAAUAUGACAAUGACAUAUAUUUACUAUCUAAAAUGACAUCACUUAAUUUUUUUUCAAAUCCAUUCAGCAUCAAUCUCCGCUCAAUAAAAUGCUUCAGAGAAAAAUCUAACCAAUAAAACAUCUGGAAACAUAUAUAGCACUAGCUGUCAAGUCCCCAUGACAGCAAUUAUGUGUGAUUUUGCAGACAUGUGUGAAUCUAUAUAUUCAUUAAAUAAUUGAUAAACCCAGAAUAAAUGUAAACUAGAUAGAACACAUUUUUGUGUUAUGUUUUACAAUAUUUAUGAUUGUGUAGCUCACCUUCUCUGUCUCUUUCACUCUUCAAAACCUUAUGAAAUAGGAGUACAUAUGUGUCUAUGUAUACUCAUGUGAAUGCAUAUGCAUGUGUACAUAGUAUAUGAUAAGAAUGUAGUACGGUUAACCUUUGAUAAAACAAAUAAAAUGAAAAAUAA